AUGGCGAAACAGCCGACGAUGUUCCACAGGAUGGCGUCUGAAAUGGCCUUGGUUCACAACUGCAUUCUCCGAGGUCUCAACGCCAUCUACCUGCAAGCUCCCCAUAUCAAGCCCGAAGACGAGUUCAGCUUCGCGAAUUAUAUGCACCAGUGGUAUCGCAUGAUUCGCGCGCACCAUAGCGGAGAAGAGCGCCUCUUUUUUCCGGCAGUAAAGAGACUCACAGGCAUCGUUGGGUUUAUGGACGUCAACAUCGAACAGCACAAAAGCUUCCACAACGGCCUGGAGUCCUUCGCCCAGUACAUCAAGGCUCUCAUCGCGCGGGAAGUAGCCUACGACGGUAACAAGGUCGUUUCUCUAAUCGACCGCUUCGGGAAGGAUUUGUGUCUUCAUCUCGAGGAGAUUCCCACCAUCAUAAGUUUACAAAAUCUCGGUACUGAGAAAAUGGCGCCAGUCGAGAAAAUCUUCGCACAAGAAGCCCAAGAGGUCAUGCAAGAAAUGGGUUUUCUAGAUGGCUUGCCUUGGGCUUUGACUACCAUGGACAACGCAUUUGAGGGAGGUCUGUGUGCAGACGUCCCGCCGGACCCUGUCGGCAGAUUGAUUCUCAAGAUCGUUCGAUAUAUUACCUGGUGGCUCCAUCGCGACUGGUGGAAAUUUGGCGCGUGCGAUGGGAACGGGAACAUGCAGCCGUUGUAUGCUUGGAGAGACGGUAAGCAGUAA